AUGUCUUUCCCCUCUCUCCCUGCAGAGAUACGACUGAUGGUGUACGAGGCACUCGCAAACAGCCCUCGCGAUAUAAACGUGGACCCAAAGGAUCGCCUAGCUACAUACGCCUCAGUCUGCAGAGAGUGGCAAGAUGAAUUCGAAAAGAAGACGUUUCGGCAGCUAAUACUGUCGCCAAAAUGCAUCGCAGACCUGGAUCGGAACGUUGGGCCUCGCAGAGCCUUGGUCAAGCAUAUUUGGCUUCAUGUGCCACUCCCAGAGUAUAACCUGGAUCCACCGAGGGGUGACAGGGCAGUCCCCCAAAGAAAUAGCAAAGUCGCCUCUAAAGCGAUUUUCAACCUCUUCAAGGUUCUUUCUGGCUGGACUAACGACGCGGUAACUGCCACCCGAAGUGGACUCACACUGGAGCUCAGCGCCUCUUCACCGAGUGACUCAAAGCGUUACUUCAAGCAUCACCAGGUUGAUGCAUUUCCGUAUUCAGAGGGAGACAACUUUGACGAGAACCCCAAGGCUCUGAGGCUGACCCAGAAGCUAUACGAUGGGAAACGUUGGUUUGCAAAGUGGCCGAAAAGGAUUGUGCUCUAUGGAUCGUUGGACACGUCUCUCUUCUCUUUCGCUCCAGAACUUCCGAGAGUGAAAGCAACAACCCGCAUUCUUACCCGCAGGCAAUUCGACCGAUCUGCCAUGCACGUGGUAGACCCUCGUAUAUUGGCUCGCUUACCGAUGCUGCAGCAAAUGCAAGUUGAGUACUGGCGUUUCCCGGCCUUGCCUCACUUUGUGGGAAAGAUUAAACGUUUGGAACAAGAGUGCGAUCAAGCCAUGGCUCGCCUUUUCGCCCUACACUUGCCUUUUAUGGUUCGUAGUCUUUCACUGUUUGAAGACAACCAAGACUACUACGAGAAGGAACCUUACGGGAUGUCCCAACGAGUCAGCAAUCCGGUAUUGGCUCGCAUGAUUUCAAUCUGCAGCCACCAGCUGGUCACUCUUGCUGUGUCGUUCAUAAUCGACGCACGACAUUACUUUAUACCGUUCCGCCCACGGCCGUCAGUACCAUGGGGGAUGAGAAUCCCUGUGUUCCCCAUUCUUGAAUCCAUAGCUUUGAGUUCUGCUGUGUUUUGCCCGAGCGCCGACCUGAAGGAGAUCAAGGACCUCAUGAACGCUGAUAGAAACGCGGCUGCCGAGAUGCCCAAGCUGAAAACCUUGGAGCUUUGGAAUGACGAACCGGGGAAGCAGCCAUAUUCUGCUACCACCGGGCAACGAAAUCUGUGGCUACCCUCACUUGGCUCACGACCUGGGAUAUUCCAUUGCAUCCGAAAGUAG